AUGGCAGUGUUGAACCGCAUUUCGGCAGCAUGCUGGAGGGGUAUGCCAGCCGGGUUGUUGAACGAGCAGCUGUUUCUCGUCUCCCGCGCAUUACACAAGACAGCAGCCAGCGAGGCUCUGCAGAUCCCAACCGGAGAAGAGGCCGUGUCCGGCAGGCUGAUCGCUCCGGCGGAGCUCCGAGAGAAAAGCCAGAUCAAAACCUUGAAGGAGAUGCCGGGACCGAGCACCAUUUCCAACUUGGUUGAGUUUUUUUGGCGAGACGGCUUCAGCAGAAUUCACGAGAUUCAGAUGGAGCACAGCAAGAAGUAUGGAAAAAUCUUCAAGUCUUAUUUCGGACCCCAGCUGGUGGUCUCCAUCGCUGACCGUGAAUUGGUGGCGGAGGUACUGCGUGCUGAGGGUGUGGCCCCUCAAAGAGCCAACAUGGAAUCCUGGCAAGAGUAUAGGGACCUUAGGGGCCGUUCUACUGGCCUAAUCUCAGCCGAGGGAGAAGAAUGGCUUAAGAUGCGGAGCGUGCUCAGACAACUUAUAAUGCGUCCCCGUGACGUAGCAGUUUUCUCCGACGAUGUGAACAAGGUGGUGGACGACCUAAUCAAGAGAGUUUACACCCUUCGGAGCCAGCAGCCCGAUGGACUUACUGUCCUCAAUGUGAAUGACCUUUUCUUCAAAUACUCCAUGGAAGGCGUGGCUGCUAUCUUGUAUGAGUGUAGACUAGGUUGCUUGGAAAACGACAUCCCUAAAGCAACCCAGGACUAUAUAUCUGCCUUGCAUCUAAUGUUCAGUUCCUUCAAGACCACCAUGUAUGCUGGAGCAAUUCCUAAGUGGCUUCGUCCCAUCAUUCCCAAACCAUGGGAAGAGUUUUGUCUCUCCUGGGAUGGCUUGUUCAGAUUCAGCAUGAUUCAUGUGGAUCAAAGAUUCAAGGAGAUCAAGGCCCAGGUUGAAAGGGGGGAGACAGUGAAGGGGGGACUGCUCACACACAUGCUCACCACCAUGGAGAUGAGUGUGGAGGAGAUCUACGCAAAUGUAACAGAGAUGCUUCUGGCUGGGGUCGAUACGACGUCCUUCACCCUCUCCUGGGCCAGCUAUCUGCUGGCACGACACCCUCACAUCCAGGAGCAAAUCUACACAGAAGUCACACAGACUCUUGGAUCUGGAACUGUUCCCACAGCUGAAGACGUCCCUCGCCUGCCUCUCAUCAGAGGGCUGGUAAAAGAGACUCUUAGGCUUUUUCCAGUUCUCCCAGGCAACGGCCGGAUUACCCAGGAUGACUUGGUGGUUGGUGGAUACUUCAUCCCCAAAGGGACUCAGCUGGCCCUUUGUCACUACUCCACGUCUCUGGAUGCAGAGAACUUUCCCAGUCCCUUAGAAUUCCAACCAGAGCGCUGGGUACGGAAAGAUUCCUCAGAUCGCGUGGACAACUUUGGCUCAAUUCCCUUUGGCUACGGCAUCAGGAGCUGUAUUGGCAGAAGAAUUGCAGAGCUGGAGAUGCAUCUGGCUCUCACCAGGCUUAUUCAAAGGUUCUCCAUUGGGGUGUCUCCUCUUACUGCUGAAGUCAAAGCUAAAACCCACGGCCUGCUCUGCCCUGCUGCCCCCAUUAACCUUCAGUUUAUUGAAAGGAAAAACUAGGUCCUGGCUAUUCUCGGAUCUUAAAAAUCUUCUUUGGAUGUUUAAAUGAAUGCUCAUCCUUAUUGGAGUUCUUAAACACACUACUUUUAGAGGUUUUUACUCAGGCCAGGAAUGUGUCUUAGAUGUUUAUCAUAACAAACGAAUGCUGUGCAUACUGUAAGUUAUA